ACUCAGUGCCCAUGCCGUCUCGAUGCGUAAGAGUCGCUUUGCGGACCGCGCACGCGAAUAAAACGUUUAUAAAACCGACAAUAUAUAUACAAAUACUUAUAACUCAGUGUCCAUUGUGAGCAAAAACAACAUAGUGCAAAGUGACAGUGUCCAAAACAACCCAAACAAAAGACAAAAGUGAUUAACCGUUAGCGCCAAAUGGUAAACAAAAACCGCACGAAACAUGGAGGACGUGUACACAAUUAAAGUCAAAACCAAACCUGACACACGAAAUCUUUACCCAUCAGAGAGGAGGUAUUCUGCGUCUACAGUGUCAGGAUUAGCAUGGGUGCAUAUAGCGUUGGCCGCAACUUCGUUUUUAUUGGCAUGCCUGGCUCUGGCCAACCCUGGCAAUGGAUUGAAUAGCAAUAACCAGACCGAUGUCAAUUAUACAUUAGAUUCAAAUUCGAAUGCAACCGAAAGCGAGGAUAAAAACAGCAGUAAUUAUAUACUAGUGCUGGCGCCAUCCCUGAUAACGAUAUUCGGUUUGGCUGCAGGUCUAGCCAGUAUACUAGCAUCAGUGAGGUGGUAUAUUGACCGAAACAUAACUUGGUUAUUCGUUAUGUCCGUUCUAUCAACAGCAGUCUCGUUUUCAUCGUUCGUAUUGAUCGCUGUAUGGUUUAUAAACACGACUGAUGGUGAUAUAUCAGAGUUUUACAAAGAUAAAGUGCCUUUCAAAGACGUUAUAGUUGUGAAGCAUACAGCUGUCAUUGACAAGAACGACUCUCAUUUGGUGGUGGCUUUGAAUUCAACGGACGAAGACACCUCGCAGCUGUUCACAAAACGUGUUCUGUCUAUUAAUAUUUUGAUAGCAGCGUUUUUGGAAUUGCUAUGGUCGAUUUUAAGCGUCAAAAUUUCAUAUAAAGGCAUGAGGAAUAACUACAAAGAUGACAGCAACGAGAGAAGAGGUAACUGCAUUUCAGUUGUCACAACUAUCAAAGGGAAUGACCCGAAGAAUUUGCCACGAAACGGCAAGCUUCUUCAACCGAAACCAGAUUUAAUAGAGCACUAUCCAAACAAGAAAAUCAAAAGGAUAUUUCUAGCGCAAAGCGAGAACGGGUUCUAUUUGAAAAACCAGAACAACAAGACUAAACAAAACACCGAAACUAGCUCAGAGUUCUAUAAAGAACGAAUGAUGAAUUUCUUGAACAGAUGUGCUUCUUUAGAAGGCAUAUCCAACCCUGAGAGGACCCCAAGUGUCCAAUCAGAAGCUGUACUUAACCCUAUCCCCGAAAUCGUGAACGUAGAAGUAAAUUUGGACCCUGAACCCGAAAUCCGGGAUAGGAUAACCCCGUUAAGCUGGGGCGAUUCCCCCAACCAUACAAUCUAUAACCAGAAUACGUUGAACCUGGACAAGAUCUUCGAUUUCACGAGAAAAGAAGACGAGCAGCGAUGUGAAGAAAACAGUGAAAUUAAAAACAUUAGCGUGCCGUGACGGUGUAAUGAAUCGCCGAUCGGCGUUCGAAAGUGACUUUUUGCUGACAAUGAAUGAGCGACCUCCGUAAUUAUGUUAGGGACAAUGCAAUGUAUAAAGUGAGUUAUAGUGAAUUGGGGGCAAUUAAUGUAAUUUUUUAUGCUAUACUCAUAAGAGACUAUUAUGACAUUAUUCUGGUAAUAAAACUUUUUUGGAGCUCAAUUGACAUAAUUAAC